CGCUGCUGAGAAGUUGCUGGCGGAGAGGGAGGAGCUGCAGAGUUUCCAGAGCGGCGCGGCUCGGCUGCCUCCCAGGGGGAGGGCGCUGAGCGCAGGCAGGACUCACCUGGCAGGUGCAGGAGGGAGGAGGAGGAGUUACAAAGCCAGGGCAGUGCUCGUGCAGAGAGGGCCUGGAGUCAAACGGCAGCGGUAGCUGUAGUGCAGGGGGUGGGCGCGCUUUGCUGGGGAGGGUCCCUGCGCCGCUGGCUUCCUUCCAGCCGGGCCUCCGCAGCGCUCCAGGACAGCGGGCUGCUGAGCCCGCAGCUUGGCGGCUCUCCUCUGCGGCGGGGGAGGCGCUGUGGGCACCGAGCCCAGCGCCAGGGCAGCAGCCCCUCUGCGCUAGCCCGAGCGCGGGCAGGUGCGAUGCGAGCCCUGCUGUGCCCGGGGCGCUGAGCAGCGAGGGCGCGCGAGCUGCCUCCUCCUCGCCCCGGCAGGAUGAGCGGAGCGGAGAGCGCUAACUUCAGGCGGAUGGCGAUCCGGAGGAAAUCCAGCCCGACCCUGCACAGCUCGGCCCUGGUCUUUGCUGUCCCCACUGGAGGGGGCAGGUUCUGCCCACCGCCGGGAGAAGGGGCUCGGAAGGAAGCAGCAGACAGCAGCACCUGUCCAAAGAGUCUCCUAACUAAGUCUUGCUCAGCAAAUAGCACAACCUGGCUAGUCAAGCAGAACGUAUGCAAUGAAGCGGCUCAGGGAAUAAAUGGAAACGUGCCAGUUAAACAAUCCCCACGUUCAGCUUCAAGUCCAAAGCCACAAGUGCCUCCAAAGCCAGUGCAUCUGCAGAAUUCAUUUUUAUCCAUCACACACCAAACCCCUACACGGAAAGCUUUACCUACUGCACAACCAAGAAUGGAGGAAGUCACACCUACCUCUGCUUCUUGUGUGUCAAAGGAAAAACCCAGCAAGGUGUCAGAUCUCAUCAGUCGUUUUGAAGGAGGCAGUCCCUCGAGUCCUAGUGAUUUGAAGAAAGAAUCCUCUGUUGUAAAGGUUGCUAAAUCUCAAGGAAGAUGUGGGUCAGCAUCACCUCAGCCAAAAGUCCUCUCCCAACACCCACUACAAAAGCAGGGAAAUAAUACAGAUCAAACUCAGGUUGUACAGAAACACACGGCGAAUGGAGUAGUAGCACAAAGCCAGAUGGAAUGCAAUGACAAUAAAUUUCCGAAACAUAGCACCAAUACAGCCACUCCAGCUUCAGAUGUUGCAGUUAACAGUAACUUAGUAAAUGGGGAACAAGAAAGCACUACUACAGACUCACUGCAAGCUACAAUGGUCUGCACAGGACAAACUCUUGACUGCUGCAGGACUCCAAGCAGGGACUCGCUGUUCCCAUCUGAAAAUGAAACUGUAGAAACUAAUAUUAAUGUAGAGGAAAAACAGAAUGAGGAACUCAAUAAGGAAGAUGAGCAUGUUGAAGCAAAGGAGACAGAUGAGCAGAAACGUCACAAAAUUGCUGAUGAACUUUUGCAUACAGAAAGAGCCUACGUCAGCCGACUUGACCUCUUAGACAAGGUAUUCUAUGGCAGACUAUUGGAGGAAGCUUACAGGGGUUCAUUUCCAGCUGAGGUGGUCAAUAAAAUAUUUUCUAAUAUUUCAUCGAUCAAUGCCUUCCACAGUAAAUUCUUGCUUCCGGAGCUUGAGAAAAGAAUGCAAGAAUGGGCUGCAACCCCCAGAAUUGGAGAUAUUCUGCAGAAGUUAGCUCCUUUCCUCAAGAUGUAUGGAGAGUAUGUGAAAAACUUUGAUAAUGCAAUGGAACUGGUGAAAAUGUGGACUGAGCGGUCUCCUCUAUUCAAAUCCAUCAUUCAGGACAUUCAGACACAAAAAGUCUGUGGGAGUUUGACAUUGCAACAUCAUAUGCUAGAACCAGUACAACGCAUUCCACGCUAUGAGAUGCUACUAAAGGACUACCUAAGGAAACUGCCUCAAGAUUCCCCAGACUGGAAGGAUGCUGAAAAAUCCCUGGAAAUUAUAUCCACAGCAGCCAGUCACUCCAAUAGUGCUAUACGUAAAAUGGAGAAUCUAAAGAAGUUGCUGGAGGUGUAUGAGAUGUUGGGAGAAGAGGAAGAUAUUGUCAACCCCUCAAAUGAGCUGAUUAAAGAAGGACAGAUCCUUAAACUUGCUGCUCGUAAUACAUCAGCUCAAGAACGAUAUCUUUUCUUAUUCAACAACAUGUUGCUGUAUUGUGUACCCAAAUUCAGUUUGGUGGGAUCAAAGUACUCAGUGCGAACAAGAGUUGGUAUUGAUGGUAUGAAGAUUAUAGAAACACACAAUGAAGAAUAUCCAUGCACCUUCCAGGUGUCUGGAAAAGAGCGAACAUUGGAGUUGCAGGCCAGUUCUGAACAAGAUAAGGAAGAAUGGAUAAAGGCUCUUCAGAAUACCAUAGAAGCUUUUCAGCAGAGGAAUGAAACCUUCAGAAAUGCCAUUGCAAAAGAAUAUGAGGACAUGCCCAUUGAAGUUUCUAAGGCUGAGCUUGGGAAGAGAGCACCAAGAUGGAUCCGAGACAAUGAAGUAACAAUGUGCAUGAAAUGUAAGGAGCCCUUCAAUGCACUGACAAGGAGAAGGCAUCAUUGUCGAGCAUGUGGACAUGUGGUUUGCUGGAAAUGUUCUGAUUAUAAAGCUCAUCUUGAAUAUGAUGGCAAUAAAUUGAACAAAGUUUGUAAGGACUGCUAUCACAUUAUAAUGGGUUGCACAGACAGUGAAGAAAAGAAAAAGAAAGGCAUCUUGGAGAUUGAAUCAGCUGAAGUCUCUGGAAACAGUGUCAUAUGUAGUUUUCUUCAAUAUAUGGAAAAAUCAAAGCCUUGGCAGAAAGCUUGGUGUGUUAUUCCUAAACACGAAGCACUCGUGCUGUACAUGUAUGGUGCUCCACAGGAUGUUAAAGCUUUGGCUACAAUUCCACUACUGGGCUAUGCAGUAGAUGACACUCCAAGAAGUGCUGACCUCCCGCAUAGCUUUAAACUGACCCAGUCCAAAUCUGUACACAGCUUUGCAGCAGACAGUGAGGAACUGAAACAGAAAUGGUUGAAAGUCAUCCAUUUAGCUGUCAAAGGUGAGACACCGGAAUGUCAAAAUGAAUUGCAGAUGAGUUUAGAGGAGCAGCCUGAAUCUUCUAAAAAAUCCGAGUGCUGAAGCUCAAGACCAUGUUCUGUUUUAAAAUAAUCCAGUCAGAUUCUUGGUUGAUUUUUCAUUGUUCAAGCAAAAGAAGCAAAUUCUCCUAACUACUACAUGCAUCUCUUAGCACUUUAUGUUGAAAAGAUACUGAUCUAUUUAAAGAUCAUUUUCUUAUAUUUAUGUUCUGUCAAUAAAGUUAAUGUACAGACCCAUUCCACAGAAUUUUUUAAAAAAAAAUCAUAAAUGCCAUUAAAAGCACAAAACCUAUUAACUUUAGUGUACUUCUUGUUUGUCUCAAAGUAAAUUGCAUUGUAUGAUUCACUUGCUAUUGGGUUAAAGUUUGCUACUUUAAUAAAGAAUGUGGAUAUUUGAUGCAUCCUU